ACGUCAUCACCAUGCGCCGCCUGUGUUGUCUAUUGUACAGCUCAGUUUUAGCUUGUUUACGGGUAGCAGAAUAAUAUGGUACAUAAGUCGCAUAUUAUGAAAUAAAACCGCCAGUAAUAUGUCGACUGGCAUUUACAGAUGUAACUAACAAAGUAACGCUAAAGUAGCUGCUGUCGCGUUCAUUAGCCGGAAGAUUAUUUAGCCGAUCAGCUUAACUGCUGUUCAGAAAUCAUGCCGCAGAUUUCAGUCAACUAUAUUUUAUUAUUCGGACAGUUCUUGCUGCUCUUCACAGUGCUGCUUUUACAGAGUCUAGAAGGGAUUCACUCGCAAAACUCAACCGAGCCACCCGGAAACAGAGUAACGACCAGCAAAACAGUUCUGAUCAGCGAACAGCCAGAAGAAAAAGUGACGGAGAGUGUUAUAACGUUACCUACAGAAACAUCAAAUCACACGGAGCAGUAUGAGUACAGCCCUCCAUCCCCUGUCGUCCUCUGUCGAUACCUACCAGAGGAAUUCAUAUUCUGUCAAGAUCCAGUCGAUCACGGAGGAAAUGUCUCUGCCUUUCAGGAACUGGGCUAUGGAUGUGUAAAGUUUGGCGGUCAAGCGUACAAAGAUGUGAACCAUACACUGGUGUUUUGCACGGCACUGGAUGGCAUAGAGUGCGCUGGACCAAGGGAAUUUCUCAGAGGCAAUGAGCCAUGCAUUAAAUACACAGGACACUACUUCAUCACCACCCUACUGUACUCAUUUUUCCUGGGGUGUUUCGGUGUCGAUCGGUUCUGUCUCGGGCACACUGGGACUGCGGUGGGAAAGCUGCUUACCCUGGGAGGUCUUGGCAUCUGGUGGUUUGUGGACCUCAUUCUCCUGAUAACAGGAGGCCUGACCCCCAGCGACAGCAGCAACUGGUGCACUUUCUACUGAUUUAAGAGUUGUAUCAGAUUCACCUUUCUCAUGCUCACAAGUUAUAUUUAAUACACUGUAUGCAUGUGGGCUUACAUGGGCCUUAUCUACCAUUUAUUAUUUGUAAAAUACUGUUCUUCUUGUUUCUUUUGUUACGUGUUUAUGUGAAGCAGUGUUGUAAAUAAAUGUCAUCUUCGAAGAGUAAAACUCUUAAUUGAUACAUCAAUAUUUAUGAUGAUCUGAUUGUGAUCUUUUUAUUAAACGAACAACAUAGUCGUCUAGGAAAUUAGUCAGAUAUUUGCAAAAUGCACUUCACUUGACUUUGUCCUUUACUGUUAUAUGGUCUUUCUGAACAUGCUCCCCAUUACGAAAUAAUGUUUAAAAUCAAAUCAAGUUUUGUUUUCAGGGCUGGAUUGCAGACUGUGCCAAAACAGCUGCAGAGAUGUUACAGAUCUUGUUUUAGACUGAAUGCCUACAAAAAGCUGUCAAAGGACAGAUGUUAUGAAACAGCUUGCAAUUAAAAAUACAUACAAUAAUAGACUCUAUUAAACAUGCAUCCUUUGGCAGAAUUCCCAUGGCUUUUUUCACACACCAUUCAAAACGCAAUUUGGUGAGAAACUGUUAAAAGUUUUCUUUUUAUUAAUUUCAUCUUUCAUGUUCUGUGGCUUGUGUGUUUCUUGUACAUUAUGUAUUAUUUACUGAUGGAUUGGACUGUUGGUCUGCUGAAAAAACUAGGCACUUGGGGAUAUGUUGCAACACAUCCAAGUGCAUUGCUUUAAAACAACAUGUGCUUAUUCAAUAACCAAUUACUCACAAUUUUUGGCUUAGAUAAAAUCAUAUGGGUACAAAGACUUGUUUGUCUGGUGAAAAUGACUCUAUAUUUGAAAACAAUUGAAAGGUAGUAAGUGCAUGCGAUGUGUAUGUUGACCGUGUGGUGGAUUACAACCCGACAGAUCAUCAGCUUUAAUGUUUACAUGCACUACAAGAUAAUUCUUUCAAAACACAGUGCUUG